CCGCUCCGCCCUCCCCGCCCUCAGCCCCGGCUGCGCUGACCGCCCUCUCCCCUCCGCAGAGGCCGCCCCCGAGCGAGGGAAGCAUGUUCCGGCUGAUGAGGGAUGGCGAGCCGGAGGACCCCAUGUUUGCCAUGGAUCCUUUUGCCAUCCACCGGCAGCACAUGAACCGCAUGCUGUCUGGGAGUUUCGGGUUCGGGCCGCUCCUUGGCAUCACGGAUGGGACCACCCCUGGGGCUCGCCAGGCUGGCCGCAGGAUGCAGGCAGGAGCUGUUUCACCCUUUGGGAUGCUCGGCAUGGCAGGUGGCUUUAUGGAUAUGUUUGGGAUGAUGAACGACAUGAUUGGAAACAUGGAGCAUAUGACAAGUGGUGCUAACUGCCAGACAUUCACCUCCUCAACCGUCAUCUCUUACUCCAACCUGGGUGAUGGGCCCAAAGUCUAUCAGGAGACCUCGGAGAUGCGUUCAGCACCUGGCGGGAUCCGCGAGACAAGACGAACUGUCAGGGACUCGGACAGCGGCUUGGAACAGAUGUCGAUCGGGCACCACAUCAGGGAGAGGGCCCACAUCAUGCAGCGCUCCCGGAACCAUCGCACAGGUGACCAGGAGGAGAGGCAGGACUACAUCAACAUGGACGAAAGCGACGCAGCCGCGUUCGACGACGAGUGGCGGCGAGAGACGUCCCGGUUCCGGCCGCAGCGGGGCCUGGAGUACCGGCGCCACGAGGGCAGCGGAGGCCGGCGGGCCGAAGGGACUCGCCUCGCCAUCCAGGGCCCUGAGGAUUCUCCCUCCAGACAGUCCCGCCGGUACAGACAGUGAAACUCUGAAGUCCCUUCAAAGCACCACUUGGACCCUCCUCAAAUUUAGUAUUAACCUCCCUCCCACUUAAGAAUUGAAACAAAGCAACUAAUCUUCUGCAUUGCUCUAUUUCACCCCAUUUGGGUGCUGCAGUGGGACAUGGGGAAUCUCACUGAUGUGCAAGGAACACAUUAAUUGCCCAUUCCCUCUGCUGUUCUUUUGGCUCUGUUCUUUCUGCCAGUAGUGCUGGGCAUGAGGAGCUGCCACCUUGCCUCUUCCAUCCUUUCCACUCUUUCUGUGCUGGGUUGGGCUGGUUCUGAAGUUUGUGUUUAGUCCCCUGUGAAAGGAAUAUGAGGGAAUUCUGUUAGAACCCCCUGUCAGUCCCCUCACUGGGACAGAGGCUUUGAUUCCCCUGCUGCUCCUUGGUGCAUCUGUGGAGAAGCAGAAGGAUGUGUGCGUUGGAGAAAGGAGGAGCAGAACAAAAGCUGGAUCAGCCUGUGGGCCCCCUGACCCCUCUUCAGUCAGCUCCCCCACUUUUUUAAUUUGUGAAACUUGUAACUAGAUGUUUACUGAAUAAAGAAAGAAACUGUAAAGAA